AUGGAUUAUUCAGAUGAUGACAUGCUCGAGGAUAAUUAUCAUUACAGUGACGAUGAUGAUGUUAGAGAUUCCGAAUACAUGGACGAAGAAGAUUCCACAUCGAACCGUGCUCAAAUAGGUUACGUGGUUCUCAAGGAAGAAGACAUUCACAAGCAUCAAAGAGACGAUAUCGAACGAGUUUCAACGAUUCUUUCUAUAAGCCAAGCUGAAGCGAUCGUUCUGCUUCUUCACACUCAUUGGAGUGUUAGUAAAGUCGAAGAUGAAUGGUUUACAAAUGAAGAUAGAGUUCGUAGUCUCGUUGGUAUAUUGAAGGAGCAUGUGUUUGAAUAUAAUCAUUGUAGAGAAGUAAAUGUUGCAUGUGGAAUUUGCUUUGAAUCAUAUGCUCAAAAUGAAAUCUUAACGGUUUCUUGUGGUCAUCCUUAUUGUAUUACUUGUUGGACCGGUUAUAUCGCUGCGAAAAUCGACGAUGGUCCGGGUUGUUUGAUGGUUAAAUGUCCUGAGCCUUCUUGUUCUGCUGCAAUAGGUCAAGAUUUGAUCGAUAAGGUUACUAAUGAAAAAGACAAGGAUAAGUAUUAUAGCUUUUGUUGGAAUUGCACUGAAGACGCUCAUCGUCCGGUAGAUUGCGAAACGGUGUCAAAAUGGAUAUUUAAGAACAAUGAUGAAUCCGAGAACACGACUUGGAUACUUGGGAAUACGAAGCCUUGUCCUAAAUGCAAGCGUUAUAUCGAGAAGAACAUGGGAUGUAUGCAUAUGACAUGCUCAUCGCCUUGUAAGCAUGAGUUUUGUUGGCUUUGUCUUAGUGAUUGGCAGACGACGACACAGCAUAAUUGCAACAAAUUUGAUGAGGAUGAUGAGAAUGAAACUAAGAGAAAAAUGGCGAAAAAUGCGAGUGAGAGAUACAUGCAUUAUUAUGAAAGAUGGGCAAGCAAUCAAUCUUCGAGGCUAAAGGCGAUGGAAGAUCUAGAGAAAUUGCAAUCUGUGCAGCUUAAGGAGCUUAGUUACAAACAAGGCACGCCAGAAACUCAGCUUCAGUUCACCGUAGAGGCAUGGCUUCAGAUCAUUGAAUGUAGGAGGGUCUUGAAGUGGACAUUUGCAUAUGGAUACUACUUACCUAAUCACGAACAAGCCAAGAAACAAUUUUUCGAGUAUUUGCAAGGGGAGGCUGAAGCUGGUUUAGAGAGGCUUCAUCAUUGUGCAGAGUCAGAGUUGAAUCAUUUUGUAUCUAAUACUGAAGGAUCACCCAAAAAUUUCUCUGAUUUUCGGAACAAAUUAAUUGGUUUGACUAAAGUAACCAAAACCUACUUUGAAAAUCUUGUGAAAGCUUUGGAGAAUGGUCUUGCUGAUGUGAGCAAAUCACCAACAAACUCUGAAUCUUUUCUUGAAAAAGACAAUAAGAUUGUUAGAUAA